AUGAGCCAGCGAGUGGUGCCCUCCACAGAGUGGUAUUGCCGUGUGAAGCAUCUGGUCAAAGCCAAGCUAGCCAAGGCACGAGGGCGGACCAUCCACCUGACGGCCGACCUUUGGACCAGCUGCCACCAUGGCUACCUCUCCCUCACUGCACACUGGCCGUUGCCCUUUGUGCAGGACGAGAGGGUGCCGUGCCCCUAUGAUGACCACCACCAGGUCCCGAAGGCCUCCCUGGAAAAGCAUCAGGCGUCCUGUAGGCUGAGGAAACAGGCCUAUUCCAAAGCUGAAGAGGCUGAAAUGUAUGAUUCUUCUUUUUUCUAUGAAAAAGUAAAGAUACCUACUAUUCUAAUGGAUAAGAAUUUACAGUUCCACAUUAUUAAACAAGCCACUGUUACUGAUAGUGGAAGUUAUUGUCCAGGUGCUUAUUCUGCUCUGUUUGUUGAAGUUCCACAAAACCACAAGCGUUCCAUCUGCGAUCUGACCCAAGCUGAUCGCCUUGCAAUCUACAAUUAUGUCCUCAUGGAAACCAGGAACCAGAGAUCAAGAUCCCAGCUGACAGAAAAUGACAGCGACCUCUUUGUCGAUUUGGCAGCAAAAGUCAACCAAGAUGAUGGUCAGAAGGGUCCAAAAUCCCAUCUUGAAAUCCUUGCAGAGAUGCGGGAUUAUAAAAGACGGCGGCAGUCCUAUAGAGCUAAAAAUGUUCACAUCACAAAGAAGUCCUACACAGAGGUGAUCCGGGAUGUAAUCGGGGUGCACAUGGAAGAACUUGCCACACAUUGGCAGGAAGAAAACAAGAACCUAAAAGGUUGUGAAGAUGGAAGAUCAUCCUUCUCAGCAGAACCUUCAGGAAGAAAGGAGGAGCGCAGGUCGGCAUCAACGGAUUCCAGACAGUCCUGUGGAAGCAGAGGCAGGAAGGGUCCCAGCAGGAGUCCAGGCAAGCAAAAAAGAAGUCAGGACAAAGAGAGAGACGGGGGUCCCCGAAGGAGGAGGGAGAGGGAUGAAGACAAGCAUCACAGCCACAAGAGAAGAAAAUAAGAAAACUUAUUAGAAUGAGGAGAACAAUGUGGAUAAUAAAAGAUCAGCUGUCUGCUUCAUCCCAAGGACGUCACUUCCACCAGCAGUGAGGAGGACUGUGGUCACAUCCUUCAAUAAACGCACCCCUGUAUCCUUUCUACUGCAGCACACCCUGGAGUGCUGAAGGAGACUCCCGCUUAGACCGAACAGACUGACUUGCUGUGAUCAGAGAAAUUAGCAGCACUGCAAAUACUUUUCAUGAAUCCACAGAUGAAGUGCAACCAUAGAGGAUAUCCUGAAGGUGCAGCUGAUUGUGCCCUGACCUCUAGAACUCCAUGUGGAUCAGUUAACCCCAGAUUCCUUUUUCUGUAGCUUGCCCAUCUCAUGAUGGCACCCUGAGCAAGCGGCACAUGAAAGCUUCUACCCAGAAUUAAACUUUGUUGGUCUUAAA